CGGCUUUACGCUGCGGGAUGAGAGGACACACGCAGGUACACUGGAGGUGCUCAUUAGCAGGAGGUGCAGUUGUUGCUCUUUGAAGCGAAAAAACCCAGUAGCAGCAACGGGGAGAGGAGUUCUGGAAGGGAAGGUGGAUACGGCGCAGCGCAAGGACUUUAAGAGGAGACUCGGUGUCUCUGAUAGAGAUCUGCAGAGCGGACGUGGCGACGGCUAGCCGAGAAGACCAGAGACGAUAAGCAUCAUCACUGGACCUGGACGCACCGUGGAACACUCUCUGCUACGACCUGAUGACAAGAGAUUUCAUUUCUCCCCACUGGGGAAGCAGGUGUCCCAACAUGUACCGCGAUAUGUGCGCUGUCCUUCUGUUCAUUUUGCUGCUCCUUCAAGUCACACAGGCGGCCUCUGUGCAGGAGAUCCAGACCAGCCAAGAGAACAUAGCAAAAAUCAACUCAGCAGCAGAAAUGAUGCAGUGCUCAGCAGUCAUAGACAUCCUCUUUCUCAUGGAUGGAUCCUACAGCAUCGGGAAGGGCACCUUCGAGAGGGCCAAGCAUUACGCAGUCAAGCUUUGUGAAGCCCUAAACAUUGCUUCAAAUAAGGUGCGAGUUGGUUUGAUUCAGUUUGGCUCCAUUCCUCGCCUUGAGUUUUCUUUGGACUCAUUCUCCACCAAGCAGGAGCUGAAGAAGCACUUAAAGAAGAUUUCAUACAGAGGAGGCGGCACCCAGACAGGCCUGGCUCUGAAAUACGUCCUGAAGAAAGGUUUUCCGGGCGGCCGUAACUCCUCCAGCGUCCCGCGCGUCGCCAUCCUUCUGUCCGAUGGCCGGUCUCAGGGCAGUGUGGUCCAGGCCGCUGCUCAGCUGAAACGGACCGGCGUGGUUUUGUUUGCCGUCGGUUUGCGGUACCCAAAAUGGGAAGAAUUACACACACUUGCCAGUGAGCCAGUGGAAAGUCAUGUCUUCUUGGCCGAUCAUUUCCAUGAUGCCGUUAACGGCCUGUCCACAUCGCUGAGCAUGCUCUCUUUCUGCAGCGCUACACCGGCAGGCUGUCAGGCUGAGUCCUUCCCCUGUGAAAGGAAGACGCUGGAGACGGUGAAAGAGCUGCAGGGGAAUUUCAUGUGCUGGAAAGGCUCUAGAGGAUAUGGCCCGUACACGUCUCUCUGCCCGUUCUACAGGUACAGCAAAGUUUACAGGAGACACCAGACCGUCUGCCACAGGACUGUUUGUUCAGAUCCCUGCGACUCUCAGCCCUGUCUCAACGGGGGAACCUGUGUAUCACAAGGUCUGGAGCUCUACCACUGUGUGUGUCCACCUGGCUAUGGAUCAGACCCUCACUGUGCUCCUGCUUUGUCCUUGGAUUGCUCCAUUGAUUUGCUUUUCCUGCUGGAAGGCUCUGCGGCGCUCACUUUAGAGGGCUUCCUUCGUCUCAAAUCCUUCUUAAAGCGCUUCCUUCAGACCGUCAUCGGCUCCGACACCCCCAGUAAAGUCGGCCUGGCUGUGUUCGGUGGGGAGACCAGAGUGGAAGCCCAGGUUGGGAGAUUUAAAGGAAACACGAGGAAUCUCCUGAAGGCUGUGGACGCUCUGCAACCACCUGGUGGUUUGACCCUGACGGGCCAGGCGCUCCGACAUGUGACCCGUCACGGCUUUGUAAGCGAGCCGGUGUUCGCCGACGUCUCAGAUGACCUCCCCCGCGUGGUGGUGCUGCUCGCCGCCACACCUGCUGCCGAUGACGUGGUGGAGGCCUCAAAAUAUGCGCGAGACAGAGAGAUCUUCUUGAUCGGGGUCGGACCGGAAAGACUGAAGGCGGAGCUGAAUAAUAUCACAGGAAAUCCUCAGAGAACUCUAACGUACUCGUUGCCGGACAGGCUCGUCGGGAAGAUACCGGAGCUGAAGGCCAAGAUCUGCAGCGUGGACACGCAAGGAUGUCUGGGUCAUGCGGCAGACCUGGUGUUCGCCCUGGAUGCCUCAGUUGGAGUCGGCCGUGAGAACUUUGCCACGCUGCAGGACUUUGUGCGAAGCAUCUCUGUCCAGUUUGACGUAAACCGCGACGUGGCCCAGGUCGCCCUGGUCGCCUACAACCGCAGAGCCACCACCGUUUUUGGCCUGGACGCGCACGAGUCCGGCUCCGCCAUCCUAAAGGCCGUGGGGGAAGCCAGCUACAUGGGGGGCGGGGUGUCGACCGGCGCGGCGUUGCUCCACAUCUACUCCAAACUCCUGACUGUAGCCAACGGCGCCAGGCCGGGCGUCAACAAGGCCGUGGUGGUGGUGACCGACGGCUCGGGUGGGGACGAUGCCGUCGUCCCGGCUCAGAAGAUAAGAAACAGCGGAGUUUCGGUUUUUGUGGUCGGCAUUGGAGACAUGCAGAGAGACAAACUGUUGAUGAUCGCAGGUUCCGAGGAGUACAUGAUUUCUGUACCAAGUUAUGAGGAUCUCAAGUACUUUGAGGACGUGCUGGUUCAGAUGGUGUGCUCAGAGGUGAGAAAACCUGUGAACCUGUGCAAACCAAACCCGUGCAUGCAUGAUGGCAUCUGCACCCUCUCAGGAGCCAGCUUCAGGUGCCAGUGCCACGGCUAUGAAGGGCCACACUGCGAAAGACGAAGCGGUAAAAACUCAUCCAGAGGGGAUGUUCCAAAACCUGCGGGUCUGAGGAAGAAGAGCAGACAGAGGAAGAGCCACCAGGAUCUCCUGCGUCCUUAUAGACUUCACUUCCGGAGACGCGCUGCCUGACAACACAAAUAAUACAGGAACAAAAAACAAACAAACACACGAACACUUCAAAACCAGGGAUGUUUUUGGAGUACAGGAAAACCUGAUGUUUAUUUUUUUAGUAUUUAAUGUUGGACCUUCUACGUUUGUAAAGUUUUUUUUUUUUAUUUCUAUAUAUGCUGACUGAGUAAUAAUUGUGCUGCCUGUUUAAAAAUAUAAUCUCUGUUAAUAACAUCAUCUUUGUCCAGAUUUUGUUCCUAAUUCCUAACCCCAAAAUGUUUCUCUACUAACACAAUCUAAUUAUGGCUGGAUAAGUAUAAAUAACCACUUCUUUUAUAACUGUUAAACAUUUAAAUAUGGUUGGUUUUCUGGCACAGACCUGGCUUAUGAGGAUGGUCCACAAAGUGUCAGCAGGGUUCUGGUCACAGCUUCUGGGCAGCCAUUAAGAAAAGGUGAUGUACAAGUUUGUACCCCACAUUUCUGUCUAUUUUCCCUAACAAUUAGUUUAGUAAUUGACUAUUCUGACGAUUAAUCGAAUAAAAAAAUUUACAUUAUACAAAUUUUAUUUAACCACUUACGCCUUUUUUAUACAACACUAGAAGAUGCAAAUAAAUAAAUAAUUUAAGUCAAUUUUUAACUAAAAAAAUAAACAUUUUAUUGCCUAAAAUGCAGUAAUGUAACAUUUCUUCUGUGAAUUUGACCCAGGUGAAGCUAAAACUAUACCACUGGAGGAUAUUCAAGCACUUGACAGAAUAUUGAUCUGAAUAUGUUGUUUUACAGCAAAUGGGAACAUUAUUUAAAGAAACGGAAGAGCUUUUAAAAAAUAAAAUGCAACAGUAAUUGUGUGAGACAAACUGUAUCUACUUUUUGUCAAACAAAAUUGAAAAUAUAACAUUAAAAACAA